AGCCCGUACACUGUCAAUCGUCAUCAUUUGUGAAGUUUGCUGCACCGUUAGCCUACGUCUAGUUAGUAUGGCAGAGGAACUCGUUUUAUUGGAAAGAGUAUUUCUCCGUCUGACAGCUGCAGAGACAGACGAAAAACUGCAGCAAGUUUUGGGACGCUUCUUGGCGCCUGUGCUGCUAAAACUUGCUAGUCAGAAUGAAGCUGUGAAGAAGAGAGUAAUGGAAAUUCUAGCUCACAUCAACAAAAGGCUUAAAAGUCGUCCGCAAGUGCAGUUGCCAGUUGAACAGCUUUUGCAGCAGUAUGAGGAUCAAAACAAUUCGCCAUUUGGUAAUUUUAGUAUUUUGUAUUUGAAAAUGGGAUAUCAAAGACUCAGUGAGGGUAAACAAGCUGAUCUUGCUCCACGUUUGCUUGGAUGCAUAGAGAAGAAACCAGCUCAACAACAAGACAUCCUCCUUCGACUUGUUUGCCCUGUGUUGGGUAACAUAUCAUGGUUAUCAUCUUCAGAGAAGACUCGGCCAUCGUUCACGUUUGAUGAAGAGCGGAAAGCAAAACACGCUACUUUGACUUUCUGUAGAAACCUCCUUUUAAUGCCAUACAAUUUGUCACCUCAAAGACGACCCAUGUCUGCUCCUGCUUCUAGUGGCAGUGUAAGUGCUGGGGUAGAUAGAGCAGAGUCUGGCGACAUUGCACCACCAGGACUUAGUCUAAAUGCCGUGAAGCAAGUGACUGGUGACAGUGCUAUCAAGCCUAAUGAACUAGAGAAGGCAAAGUUAUCAGUUUUGACAUUCUUGUCAUCAGGAUUGUUCCAAGAGGCAGAAGUUGUUUUAUACUUUUUAAUUGCUUCAGCUGAUUCAAGGCGCACUGUCGGAGAUAUUGGGGAGAGUAACUUUAAGAAGGCUUCAAGCUUUUUGGACUGGAAUGAUUCCCAAAUGGCUGGAGUGAUUCAGAGCAUAUAUCAAUUAUUUAUUGGUAAUUUGAAGUCGCCUCAAAGGCCUCAGACUGCUACAGGAGCUAAGUCUCUUACUGCAGAUCAUCAUGCCCCUGCUGGUAUCGGAUUGAGGAUUCAACUGCUGCCUGUUUUGCUCAAAUCAUCUCUGUCACCAGAUAUGUUUCCCUUAUGCAUUCAGGUAAUAUUUGAGAGUCUGUUUGGAGAAGGUAUUAAUGAGAAGCUGCGUUUUCUUGCAUCUCAGUUUCUUGUUCAUGUCAUUCAACACUGUUCAGAGAGGAAGAUUGAAAUGAUGGCUCCACUUCUUCUGUCUGCUAUAAACAAAUUGUUAGAUGAACCGGAACAAGGAACAAAACUUAGGUGUUUGACAUAUGUUGGUCUUGGGCAGCUUGCAAAGAGAAUGUCAUCUCUCUUCAGCAGCAAUGUUGCACUUGUGCAGAGACUGUUUGACUCUCUUAUCAAGGAACAAGGUGAUGUUCGUCAGGCUGUGCAUGAAUCAUUGACUACAUUAUCAACAGCUUUUAAGAGUGCAUCGGGCCUGGUUCUUGUACAGCUUGAAGCUUUAUUGCAUAGUCAACUCUCACAGCCCAAUGAAACAGUCAUUCAGGCAAGACUUGCAUCUCUUACUUACGCUGGAACUAUUUUUUCACGUUCUCAUGCAGAAUCACGAUAUCUGUGCCUUCUAGCCUCCACAGAUGUGGUGGACAGUGUACAAGAUGAAGCAAAACGGAUCCUUGGCGUGGAUGAGGACAAAUCACCCGUUGAAAUGCCAUCUUUUCCAGAGAUGGUCAACUGCGUUGCUUCCCAUGCUGAGCAGCGAUUGUCUAGUAAGUUACAAUACUCAGCAGGUGCUUCAAGCUUGCCUUUUCAUCCAGCGGUCUUCAGGCAGAUGCUUUUAUACCUUAAACGGUGCUUUCAUUGCUCUGCUGAGGUAACCAAUGAGGAUCAGUUCAAGCGAACUAUCACUAAAAAGUUGUGCAGGUAUACUGCAUCUCUACGAGCACCAAUACAAAUCAGCUCAAAUGAGUCUGAUAGCAUGAUGAAGUACUAUGAUUUGAUUAGGCUAGCUUUGUCACAAAUUGCUGGGUCGGAAUUACAAGCUGUUGCUCUAAAGUGUCUUUUUGAGCUAGUCAGUGUUUCCCCUUUUCUAGUGUCUACAGUGGCCAACCAAACAGGCUGGCUAAAGCAAACGUUUGUUGAAUCUUCUCAUGAUGAGAUUCGAGACACUGCGGCCAAGCUUGUUGGCUGCGUGGCACAGAAGCUGAAUGACACACAAUUGCUUGGUCUUGUCUCACAGACUAUAACUGCUUUAGAAAGCAAGUCAUUUGAAACCCAACAUGGAGCUGUAGUUCUUCUGGGUCGCUUAAUACCAGCUUGUGUUGGUGGCAGCAAUGCCAGAUUAAGUGGCAACACUUUUCAAUUUGCAUUCACAUCACUUGCUAAACUUCUUAGUGCUCAGCAACCGAGGCUCAUUGCUGCAGCUUGCAAGGCUGUUGGCUUGAUUGGUGUGCGAUGUGUUUUCCCUAUAGAAGAUGGCCAAGAAGAUGACAAAGAAAGGCCAGCAGAAGCAGACAAAAAGCGGAGGAAGAGUAGAGAUGGUUGCCAAGUGACAAAAUUAGAUAUUGUAAAUACACUUGUGUCUCAUCUUCAUCAUCAUCCUGAUCAAAGGGUGAGAGAGAAAGCAGCUACUGCAUUAGGACUAUUGCCUCUUGGUGAGAAGCCAUUUCCACAUGUGAAAAUCGUUCUUAAGGGCUUGUUUGAGUCUUCAAAGGACAAACAACGAAGUGAAUUACAGUUUGUUGUUGCUGAUGCUAUUGCAUGUACGUCAUCAUGUUCUGCUUCUCACAUAUUGGACACUUCUGAAGUAGCUGAAAGUAUUUCUGAUGGUUUUGCAUCUCAGUUGAGUCAGGACACAAUGACUUGGAGUCUGGACCAGAUAAGAUAUCAAUAUGUAAACCAUUCAAGGAGUCAUGUGAGACAGACAGUUUGUGUGUGGCUAUUUGCAAUUGUGAAAACGUCAGGAGACCAUCCUAUUGUCAAAGAACGAUUGCAGGAAUUGCAAGCAUUGCUUCUUAAUUAUCUUGCUGAUAGAGAUGAAUUUACUCAAGAAGUAGCCUCACGUGCUUUGGGAUUGGUUUAUGAACGUGGUAGCAAUGACGACAAGCAACAGCUUGUUUCACAUCUAGUGGAAACAUUGAUGAGCGGUCGAAGAUCUUCUCAACCUGUAACUGGAGAUACACACUUAUUUGGAGAAGGGGAGAUAGGCAGAGCUUCUGAAGGAUCUGGGUUGUCUACAUACAAAGAACUUUGCUCUCUUGCUACUGACCUAAAUCAACCAGAUCUCAUCUACAAGUUUAUGCGCCUUGCUAAUCACAAUGCUUUAUGGAUGUCCAAAAGGGGUGCUGCAUUUGGCUUUUCUACGAUAGCAGCACAAGCUCGAGAGCAGUUAGCACCACAUCUUUCAGUUUUAGUGCCUCGACUGUUUCGAUAUCGUUAUGAUCCUAACCCUGCCAUUCAGCAAGCAAUGUUGAGUAUUUGGACUGCUCUUGUUCCUGAAUCACACAAAGAGGUAGACAAGUACUUCAGUGCCAUUCUAGAGGAUUUGUUAAGAAAUUUGGCUAGCAAUUUGUGGCGCAUUAGGCAAUCCUGCUGUCAUGCUUUGUCUGACCUGCUGCAAGGAAGGCAGCUUGAUGGUUGCAUUAGUCAACUGCCAAAGAUGUGGGAAUUAGUUUUCCGUGCUAGAGAUGAUAUUAAAGAGUCUGUGAGGAAGGCAGCAGACACUGCUUGUUGGACACUAAGUAAAGUAUCGGUCAAACUCUGUGAUGUGUCAUCUGGAAAGUCUGGACAAGCUGCCGUGGCUUUGCUUCUUCCCUUCCAUUUAGACAAACUGGUUACCAGUAAAGUCUCAGAAAUUCGAGUCAUCAGCUUGUUGACUUUGCUGGAAAUAAGCAAAACUGCAGGGUCUCAGUUGAAGCCACACAUUCCAAUGAUGGUUGUCGUGCUUUUGGAAACUCUAAGUAGUCUGGAAGAUAAGAUCUUAAACCGCAUCAGUCUUCAUGUAGGAAGUAAUGCUGAAGAGCAAGAAAAGUUGGAUUCAAUACGAGUUUCAGCAAGCAAGUCAUCACCAAUGAUGGCAACAGUUGAUCUGUGUAUGAGACAUGUAGAUACAGAUGUAUUACCUGAGCUAUGCAUUAAGCUUGCUGAGGUAACCAGGAAUGGGAUUGGCGUUGCAACAAAGGUUGGAUGUUGUCGAGUGAUUUCCUCACUCACCCAUCAAUGCACAAGAGAUAUUACUCCUUAUGCAGGCAAACUUUUGUCAGCACUUCUGUCUUGUCUCAAUGACCAAAGCCCUGGAGUGAGAAAGGCAGCAGCGACUUCAGUUGGACAUCUAGUGAAGUUUGCAAAGGACAGUAGCAUUGAAAAAUUGAUUGGACGAAUUAAGACGUGGUAUCUGGAAAAAGACGACACUAACAUUCGUCUUGCUUGUGGUUGGGUCUUUCAAUCAUUUGCACAGCACAGUAUGGAUACUCUCAUGAACUUUUCUGCUCAGAUCUUGCCAAUUGCUUUUCUAGCAAUGCAUCAACGGAACGAAAAUGAAAAUACGGAUAUCUGGUCUGAAGUAUGGGAUGAUGCUACUCCAGGAACUGAGGGAGGACUUCGGUUGUACUUGGACGAUAUUCUGAGUUUGGUUUGUCCUCUACUUGAAUCACAGUCUUGGCAGACAAAAUCGCAAGCGGCUAGAGCAAUGGAAACUGUAGCAGAAAAGUUUGGUGGUAAGUUAGGCAAUGUACAGCGGGAAAGCAUGUUAAAUUCACUGGUGAAAUCUCUUCCUGGGAGAACUUGGGAUGGCAAGGAACGAUUAAUGUUGGCAGUUUCUCAACUCUGCCAGAUUGGCAAAGAACAGUCUUUGUCUCUCAACACAUUAGACAAGGUUGUUAGUGUGUUACUGACGGAAUGCAAGAAGCAAAAGAUGGAAUACAAAUUGGUGGCUUUUGAGUCUGUAUCAAGAGUCCUGGAGAGUAACAACCUGAACAGAUUUGUUGAAUUCAGUAGCUUGUGCUUUCCUCUGCUCAACCCUGAUAGAAUAGAAGACGUUGAGAUUGAUGAAAAACCAGAAGAAAGAGCUUCUACUCGUGAAAUGACAUUGAAACUACAAGAGUCUUUGCUAAAGUGCAUCGCAAGGGUUUGGCCACAGGACGACAAAACACAGGUGGAAUACGAGCGGCAGUUGUUCACCAUGUUGAUGAAGUUACUAGCCAAAAGCACAUGGAAAAUAAAGGUGGCAGUGCUGGACUGCCUUCGCGCUUUCCUUGAAAGAUUGUGUCUUGAAACGGUAGCUACCAGUGAACGUUGCCAAGAAAUAUCAUUGGAGCUGAUACCUCUUAUAACAACCUGCCUAGAUAACUUGAAAUACAGUGCCGUUCGUGGGGCCGCUAUUGGAGUCCUGGAAACUUUUCUAGCUCGUUUGAUGAGGAACCCCGAGUAUUGUGGCCGCUGUUUGACUGGAACUGAGUGGAGAGUGUUGUUGAGACACAUGGAAGAGAUAUCCAAGUCAGACCCUCAAAUUGCACUACGACAACGCACAGCCAAGUUGCUGUUGGAUGCUAUUAAAUAUAGAUGACGGGCAAGUAGAAUUACAGUACUACAUUACUGUUUUAAUUAAUACUAGCAAGCGGAGAGGCUUCAAGUUCAAUAGAAUCUAUGCUAGAAAUGGCCGUCAGUCAGCAGAUGACGGGAUGGGUGACAGCUCUAGGCAGCAUCAAGUGGCGUACUGUAUGUUUCCUCGUUGAGUACAACCUGCAGACGAGCAUAUUAAUUGCUGUUGCAACAAAUCUGAUGAUCAGGCCUGACUAUUGUAGUUUCUUCGUUGACCACAAUUUCUAGUAUACUGUGCAUACGAUUUCCAAACUAAAACUAAUAAAACUUAAAUUAAAAAGGACAUUUUAAAAUGUUAA